CAAAUAAUUUUAAGAAUCAAAAACAAAACAAGAUAGCUUUGAUUUUGCUUUCGCCCAUAUUGUAAAACAUCGAAAACAAAACAUCCAGUUGGCAAACCAUAUAAUAAUCUAAUAGCAUAGGUAGCCUAAUCGCUACCUGAUGUUGCAAGAUCAUUGUGUAAUACACCUAUUCAUCAAUCAAAAUAGUCAGAUAAUAUUUGAAAUAAUUCGCAAAUUCUCUAUAUUAGGCUAUUUUGCACAGCGCAAAAAUGCUACUCGAUAGAUAUCACAUAGUCUAUUAUAUUUGCUAUUACGCUGCUUAUUUGCUAUUAAGCUGCUGCAGGUCGAUAGCACAGGGUGCUCCUUUUUAUAUGUGAAUGUAAUCUGAAAUGCAACAAUACAAAACUGAAUCUGAAUCCGAGGUGUCAUGACAUUUUACUUGUCUAGUCUCCCGGAUUUGGUAACAUUAUAUUUCACCCCUGGAUAAACGUGAAGAGUAGGCCUAGCACCUAUUUAGUUUGGCACAUUUUUCUAAAUUGUCAUUGGAAAUGUUACAGAGCCAGUCUGACACAACACCUUAAAAUCACAUAAUUCCAGCGUUAAAAAUGAGCAUUGUGUCCUCCUGGUGGCAAUGGUAAGAAAUUGAAAUGUCUCUGUAUGCAGAUAACACUUAUGUAUUAAUUGGUGAGACCGAUAAGCGAGUCCGACGUUUUCGAAUGAAACGAGUUUUUUGCCACGUGCAAAUACUUUAAAUAAAGUAUGACUAUGAAAUAAAUUGGGCUGCAUGCUAGGCUAUUUAUUGUAGAUGUAUUUUUUAGGCCAACAUCUGUUCUGUUAAUUUACAUUUACGAAGUGAUAAUUGCUCAAUUAUGAACAUCUUUGUAAUUGAUUAGAAUCGUGCUAUGGUGUGUUUGUGAAACAGGAGACGAAAUGUUCCAAUUAUGAGUGGUAACAUGUUUUCCAUGGCUAUUGUGGCAUAUCAAAAACCUCGAAUUGCUUGAUAAAUGUAAAUACUGUAUAUUUAGUCCUCAUUCCAAGGUUUAAACUUUCACUAAAGUGUCCCUACCAACAUUUGCAUAUUGAAUGAUAGGCCCAGUCAUAAACACAGUAUCAACCCUAACAAGAGACACAACGGUUGAGGCACAUGUCAGAGUGUAAAUGCACGAUUUAAGUGGAUCCACCGAAGCACUAAUGUAACACUAGUGAAAAGUAAUGAAUGAACAUACAAAUGUUGAAGUGUGUUGAAGAUAUCAAGGUGAAUGAAAUAAAGUAGGUAUAACUGUGGCCUACUUUGCACUCAGUUCUCAAUGAAUGACUUAGUGUUGGGUCUUUUAGGUCAUCUCCUUGUAGGCUUACUGAACAUGGUAGAUAGUGGCAAUGGUGGGAAAAUGACUGCCUUCUCAUGAAUUGAAGCGCAUGACGGGGGCUGUCCUUCACACCGACACUUGGGCAACCACGACUCUAUCUCUGCCCCUCUCUCGCCCUCUCUCUCUCCAACGUAAGCUUUAACUUGCGGCUCGCAGUGUUAUAAGUGGUGUGCGCGCCUCUUGGGUAGGAGAGAGAGAGAGAGAGAGAGAGAGAGAGAGAGACAGGCAGAAAGCAGGACCGGGAGCUGCUCUUAAUAAUGAGACGCUUGAUUUGCGACCAGUCGGAGAUCCAUCGUACGUCUGAUGUGGAAAACGCUGUCAAAGCUUUUGAAUUGAUCUUUAAAGUAUAUCCAGACAACACAAUAUUACAAGGAAUAUCUUAUGUUGGGUUCACCUCUCGACAAGAACGUGAAAGUCCGCGCAGUCAGUUUUUCCUAGAAGGCGUUUAAGUUGUUCUCCAUCCACUCUAUUGGGCAACAGAGUCCCAUCAAGAUAAGCCUGAUAUUCCCUGGAUAUAGGCUACGCAUACGACGAUCACAGAGUUGACAUUUUUCAGAACAAACUAAUACCUACUAGGUGGGAAUAAAAUUCAAAAUGUUUCCAGAUCCGACAGGUUUUGAGAUGGGCAUGCAAGGCAUGGUUGAGCACUUCAUUCGGUUGUCUCCAAGGAAUAUCCUACUGGCGGCACUGACUCUCCUAGCUGCUUAUCACCUGUGGCUUUUGAUGCAGAAAUGGCUCAAUACCGGGAAUCUGCCGGGACCUUUCCCGUGGCCAAUUAUCGGUAAUGCGCCCCAGCUGGGCAGCACCCCUCACCUGUUCUUCACCCGCAUGGCGCAGAAAUACGGUAAUAUUUUCCAAAUUAAGCUCGGAAGCCGCACCGUUGUGGUACUCAACGGCGACACGAUCAAGGAAGCUCUCGUAAAGAAGGGGGUAGACUUCGCGGGAAGACCUGACUUCACAUCCUUCAAGUUUGUUUCCAACGGCAAGAGCAUGGCUUUUGGAGAUUAUAACAAAUGGUGGAGGGUGCACAGACGAGUGGCGCAUUCUACAGUGCGCGCUUUCUCCGCCGGGAAAAUAGAAACUAAGAAGGCAUUUGAAAACCACGCCAUUAGCGAAAUAGAAGAAUUGCUCAGGAUUUUUCUGAAGAAAACCGCGGAGGAGGGUUAUUUUGUGCCACAUCAAUAUCUAGUAAUAUCUACGGCGAACAUCAUGAGUGCAGUGUGCUUUGGCGGCAGGUAUACAUAUGAUGACAAAGAGUUUCAACAGGUGGUGGGACGCAAUGACAAGUUUACUAGGACUGUCGGGGCUGGGAGCAUGGUGGACGUGAUGCCCUGGCUACAGUACUUUCCUAAUCCAAUAAAAACUCUUUUUGAACAAUUCAGAGAACUGAAUUCAGAAUUUCAUGACUUCAUCAUGGGGAAAGUUAUAGAGCAUCGUAAAACUAUAGAGCCUGGCAUCAUCCGUGACAUGACCGAUGCUUGCAUUCAGGCACUGGACAAGGGCAUCAGCGGCUCCGUUGGGGUAGAACUGGGCAAAGAUUAUGUGUCGCCAACUAUUUCUGAUAUCUUCGGGGCAAGCCAAGACACGCUUUCUACUUCAUUACAAUGGAUUACUUUAAUACUCAUGAGGUAUCCAGAGAUACAGAAGCGCUUGCAAGAUGAAGUGGCCCAGGUGGUCCAUCGCACACAGUUGCCCACCAUUGAGGAUCAGGCCCGACUGCCCUAUGUGAUGGCCUUCAUCUAUGAGGUAAUGCGCUUCACCAGUUUCAUCCCCCUCACCAUCCCCCACAGCACCACGUCAGAUACAUCCCUAAAUGGCUACCAUAUCCCCAAGAACACGGUCGUCUUCGUCAACCAGUGGUCCAGCAACCAUGACCCGGACAAGUGGACACAACCUGAGGUGUUUGACCCCCUGCGCUUCCUGGACAAGAAUGGCGCUCUGGACAAGGACCGGACGAGCAGUGUCCUUAUCUUCUCUGUGGGCAAGCGACGCUGCAUCGGCGAGGACCUGUCCAAGAUGCAUCUCUUCCUGUUCACAGCUGCGAUGGUACACCAGUGCGAGUUCAAACCCGACCCAAGUUGCCCCUUAACGAUGGACUGUGAUUACGGCUUGAGUUUGAAGCCCCGCUUGUACCGAAUGGCCGUCUCUCUUCGGGACAACCUGGACCUACUGAACAGCGUGGGACUUCCGCAGGCCGACCAAGCCGCAGAAAACAACUGAACAAAAAGUAAAACACAUUUUAUGUAAAAUAAAUGAAGGAUGUUUACAACAGGCUGACAAGGAACACAUGCAAAUGUGGGAACAUAUGUCCCAGGCCUAUUUUUAAUAAUAUGAGCACAAAUGGAUAGACAUUAAGACACUUUUCUAUAUAUUUCAAUAUCCAUAACAGCGCCAUAUCAAUGAAGGACUGUAGAAAUAGAAAUCACCUCAAUGGAUGUUUCAAAAAACUGUCAACUACUAGCAAAAGCCUAUUUUCUAGUGUCAAGAGGACAUGGAUGAGACAUCUAGACAAUGUGGGGUUCAAGGAGAUCACACUUGACUUGUCCUAAACUUUUGUGAAGACAUUUUCAGGGUUUUGAUUUGGUUAAUGAUCAACUCACUAUUCCAUGCUGUCAGUUGGCUGUUACACUUCAAGACCAACACAUUUUAAAUGGAAAAAGAAUGUAUAGGAUGUACUGUAAUGUAUAGUAUAUACUGUAUUGUUAAAGCAACUGACUGGUUUCUAUUCAAAUGACUACACUCAUUUAGAUAAUUCUCCAUGCAUAUCUUCAGCCUUAAUUGAUUUGUUUAGUUAGGCACAAACAUUUAACAUGUAUAAUAUACCACAUUAUAGAUGUACUAUAUUAUGGAUAGUAUAUAAUGUCAAUGUGCUUUUGAGGGUGUAAGGCAAGCAACCAUCUUUUCUUCCUCUUCUCCCAAUCACCAGUGCUCAUCUAGGGAAACGUAUAGAUAGACUGUCUCAGGGUUUAAUAAAUAUGUAUAUUCAGAAUUGAAUGGUUGUAGACCUACAUUCUGCCAUAGCAGUAUAGAAUUGUAAUAGGCAACUGAUCUAUGUUAGAUCUGUAUGUUUUCUAUAUUUAACACAGAUCAAUCAUGGAAAUAUUCCUGGAUCAUAUAAAAUUAUAUAUAUAUAUAUAUAU